AAUGUGUGGUAUUGUUGAUAAGCAAGAAGAAGUAAUUUGAUACUUUCUGUAAAAGAGUUUGACGACGAAGUUUAUGCGGAUCAAUGGCAGAACCAACUCCUUUGUAGCAAAUCAUUUAUCUGAGUCUCUACAAUGCUUGGCUAGCACAUUAAGACGUUGGAGAAGUGGCCAAUCUUCAGAAUCCUGGGAGGCUCAUAAGGCAGCAAUCCAAGCACUCAUAAAGCUGCCUUCAGGCGAGCUUGUUACAGGUUCAAGUGAUACAACUUUAAAACUUUGGAGGGGAAGCAAAUGUACACAUACUUUUGUUGGGCAUACAGAUCAAAUAUAGGCUGAUACACUUGUUCUGAAGGGGAUCAGUUGCACAUUUGAGGAAGGGCACAAAAUACGUAUUGUUGGCAGAAUUGGCAGUGGCAAGACCACUCUCAUAGAGAUGAACCUGUUUUGUCCAGUGGAGCUAGCUAGAGGGAAGAUAUAGUAAUGUAUCUA